AUGUCAGACGAAGAACAUCAUUCUGAGUCAAAGGCAGAUGAUGGUGCUUCAAAAACAUACCCACAACAAGUUGGUACUAUCAGAAAGAAUGGUUACAUAGUUAUCAAAGGACGUCCAUACAAGGUUGUUGAGGUUUCCACUUCAAAAAUUGGCAAGCAUGGACAUACUAAAUGUCACUUUAUGGCUAUUGACAUUUUCAAUAGAAAGAAACUUGAAGAUAUUGUUCCGUCCUCCCACAUCUGUGAUGUGCCACGUGUGAACCGUACCGACUAUCAGCUAAUUGACAUCUCUGAAGAUGGUUUUGUCUGUCCUCUUACUGAAAAUGGAAACACCAAGGAUGACCUCCGGCUUUCCACCAAUGAAAAUCUGUUGAAGCGGAUUAAAGAUGGGUUCAAUGAAAGGAAAGAUCUUGUGGUGUCUGUUUUGUCUACGAUGGGUGAAAAGCAGAUUAAUGUCGUUAAGGAUAUUGGUACCAAGAACUAG